CCAAAUACCACAACCACUUCAUUUGUGAACAAAUUAAGGAAAGGGUGUGUUUAAGACUUUUUGUCAAACAUUAUGGGGUCAAUUUUUUGAUACUGUACAUAUACAUGUUUAACAUAUUUAAGGAUUCUUUUCGGAGUUUCUGCUCAGGCCAUCCUAGUUGGUGAAUCAUACAUCAGAGGAAAGUUGACGGUUUGGUACACGUCCAUACAUAGUACCAGCUGAUGGUGUUAAAAUGAUUCCAAGGCAUCCAUUGAUACUUAAAAUAACUACAGUAUGUGCUACCAUUCUUUUGAUCUGCCUGUUAUUCUAUAGGAGGGAAACAAGUGUGAUUAUUCAGCGAAGUGUCGUAGUAACUAUUGAACCAAUGUUUGACGAAAAGGAGUUUGAGAAUUUAGAAUCAGAGGACCAAACAACGACGACGACGACAGAAUUGCCCUCAACGACGAGAAAGCAGGUCUUUGUGAAUGGCGACGGUUUAGAAUUCUUGAUAAAUCAACAAAUGUGUUCAAAAGAUCGGUACCUGGUGAUUUAUGUUCACUCCGGACCGGAACAUUCUGAAAGGAGGCGCGUAAUUAGGAAUACGUGGGCGUCAUUAGAGAUUUUAAAGAAACACAAAGCUAAACUUGUGUUUGUGAUGGGAGAAGUAGAGGACGAGAAUUUGCAGGCAACUCUUGAAACUGAAAGUGAACUUUACAAGGAUAUUAUACAGGGAAAUUUUACUGACGCUUACAGGAAUUUGACUUACAAAGCAAUAGCUGGAUUGAAAUGGGUGACUGAAAAUUGUCCAGGCGCCGUGUAUGUCUUAAAGACAGAUGAUGACAUUAUUGUUGACAUUCAUAGGAUAGUGCGUUUGAUGAGGUCUUACAUAGAACAUAAAUGGGGCAAGCAGAAUAUUCUCGCGGGAUAUAUCUGGACACACAUGAACGUGGAUAGAAAUAAAAGCAGUAAGUGGUACACCUCGGAUGAAGAGUUUCCAGAAAAGUUCUUUCUCAAAUACUGCUCUGGAUCGGCGUAUAUCAUGAGCUAUGAUGUUGUCAAAAAAUUCUAUCUGAAAUCUCAUGAGAUCCCGUUCUUUUGGGUAGACGAUUACUACGUGACUGGCAUGUUAGCUCACGCGACAAAUGUGACGCCAACCUCACUCAAUGACAGAUAUAUUUUAGAAAAUAAAUCUAAUAUUUUAGGAGCAUUGAAAAAUGACACAAAAACAAGACUUGUAUUUGUUCAUUCGCCUGACACAAAUACUUCUGUAAAAGUCUGGAAGAAUUACCUCGACAGAUGGUGAAAAUGUAAUCUCCGCGUCCUGGUAAAUUCUCUGACUGGUAAACUGUCGUGCACGUUCAUUUGUCCCGCUGGUGUUGAUUACUUCUUUUGUCUUACCUAAUUUUGUUGAUAUCACAUGCAGUCACCUCCGUAAAACAUACAAAAACGGUUGUCAAAAAUAAACAAAGAUGUUAAGUGUC